AUGAAUCAACUAUUAUAUAAGACUUAUGAAGUUUAUUCAGGUAAUCUUCUUAUUGAUUAUUGGUCUUAUAAAGAAGAUGAUCAAGGUUAUUUAAAAAUAUAGAUGAAAAAGAUCAAUAAAAAAAUGAUUAAAUUGAAAAUUAGAGAAUCAAAAAGAAAAAAAAAAGAAGAAAAUGAAAUAAUUGAUAAAAUUAUAGCCUUAUGCAUUUGA